AUGCCGCCCCGAGCACGCGGUCCCCAGCGAGGUCUGCGCUUGAUAAGAUAUGUCAAGUCAAGUAUGUUAACAGUAACACUAGGCGCCGACACUAUCCGGAUUCUCAUUGCCACCGACAGUCAUGUUGGCUAUAACGAACGCGAUGCAGAACGUAAAGAUGACAGCUGGAAGACAUUUCACGAGGUCAUGUGCCUUGCAAAGGAACACGACGUUGACAUGGUACUACAUGCUGGAGAUCUCUUCCAUGAGAACAAGCCGUCACGAAAGUCUAUGUACCAGGUCAUGCGAUCGCUGCGCAUGAACUGCUUAGGAGAGAAGCCAUGCGAGCUUGAGAUGCUGAGUGAUGCGAGCGAGAACUUCGGUGGUAUAUUUGACCACGUCAAUUACGAAGACGAAGAUAUUAAUAUUGCCAUUCCGGUUUUUGCGAUUCAUGGUAAUCAUGAUGAUCCCUCUGGGGAAGGCUCUUACUCUCCACUCGAUCUAUUACAGGCAUCUGGAUUUGUCAACUAUUUUGGUCGCACACCCGAGGUCGAUAAGAUUGCCGUCAAGCCAGUGCUCUUGCAGAAGGGCGGCACGAAGUUAGCUCUAUAUGGUCUCAGCAAUGUUCGCGAUGAGCGUUUGUUUCAUACAUGGCGCGAUGGUAACGUCAAGUUCUUCCAGCCGGGUACUCAAAAAGAUGAAUGGUUUAAUCUUAUGAGCGUUCACCAAAAUCACCACGCGCAUAGCCCGACUAGCUAUCUUCCCGAAAAUUUCCUUCCUGAUUUCAUGGAUCUUGUUGUAUGGGGUCAUGAGCAUGAGUGCUUGAUAGAUCCCCGAUACAACCCUGAGAUGGGGUUUCAUGUUAUGCAGCCUGGAUCGUCAGUGGCAACAUCUUUGAUGCCCGGCGAGGCAGUCCCAAAACACGUUGCUAUAUUAAGCGUCACAGGGAAAGAGUUCACAACUGAAAAUAUACGUCUGAAAACAGUGCGGCCAUUCAUCAUGAAGGAAAUUGUCCUGGCUGAAGAGAAGGAGAUCAAAGAUAAAGAGAUUUGGCGUAUCACUGACAACCGCCCCAAGAUCACUCAAUAUUUAAAUCAGGUCAUUGAGGAUCUGAUAGAGGAAGCAAAAAGGGAUUGGCUAGAAUUACAGGUCGAUCGCGAAGAAGGCGACGAUCUCGAAGUGCCAUUACCUCUCGUCCGCUUGCGUGUCGAGUACACAGCUCCUCAGCCUGGAGAGUUUCAUUGUGAGAAUCCGCAGCGUAUCUCGAAUCGAUUCAUGGGUAAAGUUGCAAAUGUGAACGAUGUCGUACAGUUUCACCGGAAGAAGAAGAUAGUCAAUCGCGCCCUGAAAAAUAAGACUGAAAUGCCUGACGAGCAGAUGUUGGCCGAACUAACCAUAGACUCGGUGAAAGUCGAUGAGUUGGUAAAAGAGUUCCUUACUGCACAGACAUUGACCAUAUUACCGCAAAAUUCGUUUGGAGAUGCAGUCACACAAUUUGUGGAAAAAGACGACAAGCAUGCGAUGGAAUUGUUCGUCAAGGACAGUCUUAACAGUCAACUAAAGCAUCUCAUGGAUGCCAAUGAGAUUGAUGAAGAAGAAAUCAUCAACGAGAUGGACCAGUACCGAUCGCAACUAGAGACGCUUUUUGCAUGCGGACAGUUUAAGAAGACCCGUAAAGCCAAGCUCAAGCCUAAGCCAGAUGGCUGGGAUAGCGAUUUCGACGGCUCAUGGGCCGAACAACCCGCAGCCCUCGUUCGUUCCGAUAGUGAGGGAGGCAAGGAUGACAACGAGGGUCCUGCUGCGCUGCCAUCCAAACUGGCUGCACCGCGAGGCCGGGGAAAAGCAGCAGGUACAGCACGUCAGACAAAGGCAGCUCCGAAGAAGGCGGCUCCGGCAGCGAAAGUCAGCCGAGGGAAGAAGAGGGUGGUCGAAGAAGAAGAGGACGACGACGAUGGCGAAGACGAUGUAGUGAUGAUCAGUGAUGACGACGAAGAGAGUGCGGAAGAUUUGUUUGUUAGAUCGAGUAGGAAAGCAGCGCCUGCAAGGAAGGCUACCGCAAAAGCACCAGCACGAGCCAAAUCGCCUACCAAGAAGACUUUCACUUCUCGCGCAAGGGCGCCACCUGCAGCUAAACAAUCCAAAUUGAACUUUUCUCAAACACCCGCUCCGCGCAAUCAGCCCACGCGGCCCGCGGCGUCACGGGGCAAGAAGGGUGUUGAGCCGAACUCUGAGCAGCUUUGCGGUGGCCAUCCUCAUAUCUCGGUCCAGGCUCCGUCAUCCCGUCCGCUUCUAACAGAUGCAUCCUAUGAGAUGCAAUAUGUGUUGUGUGUGUCUUUCGGAGGGAGUCCAACUAUGAGGCAACAGCGUAUUGCCACAUCGCGAUUGCCACCACUCCCUGAUUUCACUCUUUGUCUAUCCUCUAAUGUCGUCCCUACCUUCCUUGAUGUUGGAUCUUGGCUCCUACUUGCUAGGGAGGCGCAUCCGGAUACAGGCUAUAACUAUCAUCGGCCCAGUGAUCUCCAUUGUCUUCCCAACACACUCAUUGGUCUCCAUCUUCUUGUUCGAUUCCGUCUUCUUUCGCAUUGCUGCUCUUUGGCUUCUUGGAUAGCCGCCACUCGUUUGUUGUUCACAGUUCACUUCCCAACGGACAGCUUUGAGGUUGACGAGUGGUUGCCUACAUUGCCAUCCUCGGGUGACGGACUACCCGCGAUGUCUCUCGCCUACAAAGUGGAGGAGUUGCUUGCACUCCGCGAUUCGGUGUCGGAAUCAGCAGUGUCAAUAGAUAAGUUUGCGGAUGAGGACGUGAUCAAAGAGCACGUUCUACGCCCUUCUGCUUCUGCUUCCGCGAACCUUGCCCGUCGAGCUUCGAACCUUAGCCUCUGUCCUCCAACUGCAGUUGGACCUACCCAAGCGGCCCCUCUGAAGAAACCCUCCCCAUCGCCCUCUUUCAAGCGUGGCAAGGCAGAAAAGCUACUCAAAGAACACGGUAGUCCACCUGGUCUGCGAGUGACUGCUGGUGGUCGCAUCGUCCCAAGCGAUCUACCACCGCUAGGCAGCUCUCAGUACGGUGACGCAACAUAUCGGUCACACCUUUUGCGGGCUACUUCAGGCAACGUGAUGGCAACAAAUCAGCAAUCGAAUGGCAACAGUACCGCUCGUAUAGAGAUCAUCGGAGGUCAGCCUGUUGUAUUCGUUGGUGACCGCAUGUUCGCACUACCGGCGGUCAAUACAAUCAAUCCCACGACAGAACCCUCUCUUAUCACACCAACCAUAGAGACUUCGACGAAACAAAUGUCAGACCUUGAAAAUCUCACUGUCCAUAGCGCUCCUCCUGGGGUGGCAUUUGGCCCUUCGCGUGCCAGUUCACAAUCACCGUUUGUAGGCCUAGAUCUCACAACGCUCAAGGCUCAGCAGGCGCUCAAGAAACAAGAGCUUCGAACUGUCGAGCAAACAGAAGUAUUGCAGGCUAGUCAGCAGACCGAUUCCUGGCGCGCAGGUAUGAUCGAAAAGAAGCGUUGUCUGAUCGUCGAGCUCGAUGCUCUUCGCAAGCAGAUCACGUCUUUGGAAGUGGAUAACAGUGCAAGUGCUCAGCCAGGCUCAUUUUCUGGGCCAACUGGCACAGGACCAGCACCUUUCACGCCGCAGUUUGCGCAAUCUCUUCCUCGAAACUUGUACGGCUUCCCUUCUGCCAAUCCCUACGCGCCCAUGAUGAUGUACCAGCCGCCUUCAUUUGGAAGCUUUCCUCCCUUCCCAGCCGCAGAACCAACACCAUUCGUGCCCGUCACCGCACCAAAUCCUCCUCACUCUCCAGCUUCAGCGAGUCGCCGCUCUCAUGCCAUCGAGAUCAAACCACCUCGUGAGGAGACUGGGAAGCAACUGGGAUCUGCUCUUGACCCAAAGAGUCCGACUUAUGAGCCAGCUUUCAAGUCCAACGUCACCGACAGUGUUGUUCCUCCGACUCCUUCGCCACCAAAGAAGUCACCAUGGCGACUUGGAGAGGCUUCAGAGCGUGCCCAACACUCACGUCGCGACCCUUCGCAAAAACUCAGCUUAUCUAGCAUCGAUACUACAGAUUUCUUCCCAACAAACACACACGAACAUUCUUCAACGCGUGUGGCGCCACGAGUCAGUUCUACUUCCCAUGGAGAUCCUGCAGUACCCUCUACGCCCGAAAAACACUGGCCAGCCAGUCCUUGGAAUGGAGGCAACUCAGGCCGUUCGAGGCAUGAGGAGCCAGCACCCAAGCUGACAUCAUGGCCAGAGGCUUUCGGCAGGCAAUCUUCAUUGUCAACGCUGCGAAACAGUACGACUGGGUCUCAUGCAGUGGUCGUCCCUCAUGAGCGAGCUCAUAUUCCAGCCGCAACGGCCUUUGGCUCUACACCAUGUCAGUCUGUUCCACUGAGGACGAAGUCUGAGCAGCGCACCGGCACGGAUGAGAACUGGGCAUUUUCCACCAAAGCGGCGGCGCAUGUACCAUCUACAUACCAGGAAGGAUAUCAGGCCGGCUACGAUCACGUCGGCAUGCCUGAUGGUCCCGAGUUCCUGCAAGGUUACAUCCAAGGCCUCCUCCACUUCUUGUCGGACGAAGCCAAAAGGCGUCAAAUUGAGCUUUCUGCACGCAACGUUUACGUGCAAGGCACAGAAUCGCGAGCGCCAUCACUCCGCGGUCUCGUCGCCGGCUCUACUCCACACGACCCUGCUGUCGAUGUGACGUGCAAUCGCAGCAACAUGGCAAACAACAGCCAAGAGAACGUACGCUCAGCCAACGGAACUGUUUCGACUGAUAUCCGACGCGACUCGAUGUACAAUGCGAAGGCUAGAGACGAAUCCUCGGCAUACAUGCUUCGUAGUGAGUUGAACCUGGACACUCGCUCGAGAGUCCCCUCGGUGGCCAAAUAUCCCAAUCCAGCAGGACUGUUUCCUGAGAGGAGCCUAGUAGGCCACCAGCAGAACACAUUCACUUUAACUGAGAAUGGUAAAAGCAAAGCAAGUUCGGAGAUGUGUCUUCCGUUGCGCAAUCACCUCAGCUCCCAAGAUGGUGUCCUCCAGCAAACUUUUGUCAACCAGGUACAGAACCGAGAGUACAUGACACCACUGACUCACCAGCGUUUCUAUCCAACGCCCAAGGAAAUGAGCCCUACGACCUUUAAUGGCGAUCAUGCGUCUUCGAUGCGGCCUCUGGCUGACCACCGCUUCUCCGGACUGGAUGGAGCCAUGGACGAUUUGGCGGACUUGGCUCUUGACGCAGAUGGUGUUGAUGGAUGCCCGUCGUUUGAUAUACGGGCGAAUACAGAGGGUAGGCCUGGAGAAGUUGAGGAGGUGAAUGCGUCCUGCUUCAAGCCGUCUGGCGGGAAGGCUAAGCAAAAGGUAACGUCUCCGGCUGGCAAAGCAACUGCGACGGGAUCCAAGUCGGCCUCGUCGCCCAUGGGUGCUCCUAGCUCGCCCCGGAAGUCUGGAGAGCACUCACCGGCCAAAGCGAAGCUUGAGCAAGUGACGAACAAGUUCCGCCGUGUUAAGAAGGAUGACCCCCGCGCCCUGUCUCCUGAAGACAGGAUGAGGCGGUCAGAGAAGUGGCGACUGCGCUUCCAGCAGCUCAAGAAGGCGGAGAUUGAGGAGAUUGAGGAGCACCGGAAGAACACAGGCAGUUGA